UGUAGUCCCAUGAGCCAAUUAAUCAUGUGGCAAUCGCACACCAUAGUUAUUAUCUCCCUUCUCUUUCCUGCGUUUUCUUGUCCUCGGCGUCGUCCGCAGAGGCGACUUAUCUUUUUCCAUUUCCUCUCAUUCCCAAUCCCCUCAAAAUCUCCACAUUUUUUUUUUCCGAACUUAUCCUCCAAAGAACCACAAAUUCCAUGCAUAGCCAUGCCAUUCAAAUACAAUCCAGAGCAGAACGCAGGCUAGUCUUUUUCUAGAAACCCCCUCCCCCCAAAAAAAUUUUUUUCCCAGGGCGCGCUACGUAGAAUCGGUGGUCGCGCAUCGGCUUUCUGCUGUGAAUAUAUAGGGUUUUUCCGGAGACGGAGAGCGUUCGGUUCUCGAUCGGAUAAUGUGCAUACUCUGCGUCGUGCAGAAGUGGUCCCGCCGUGUCGCGACCAUGCUCCCAUGGCUCGUUAUACCGUUAAUAGGCCUGUGGGCCCUAUCGCAACUGCUCCCGCCCGGCUUCCGCGUCGAGGUCACAUCGCCUCGCCUCGCCUGCGUUCUAGUCCUCUUAGUUACCCUCUUAUGGUACGAGGUUCUGAUGCCCCAGCUUUCAUCGUGGCGCUCCCGCAGGACUGCUCGAUUGAAGGAGCUCCGGCGUUCUGAGGCACUUGAAUUGCAGAAGCUCCGGAAGACUGCCACACGCAGGUGCCGAAACUGCCUCACCCCGUACCGGGACCAGAAUCCCGGUUGCGGCCGGUUCAUGUGUUGCUACUGCGGGCAUGUCUCCAAGAGGCCGGUCCUGGACAUGCCGGGCCCUGGUGGGUGGAUUUGUGGGGGGCCGGAUUGGUCAGAGAGUGGUAGCUGGGUCCUGCCUAAGCCAGGUUAUUUGGUAUUUAGUGGUGACGACAAGUGUUCGGCAGAGGAGUCGUAUUCAGGCGCUGUUGUUUUUGUAUGUCGGUUGUCGGGGUCGUUCUUCUCAAUCGUGCAGUGGCUGUGGAGGAAGGCUUUCUGGCUGGGGCCCGCGCAGGACAGGGACAAGUCAGGUGUAGGCUCGGCAUCAUCAAGGAAGGGCGAGAAUGGGGGGAACUUGAAUGAGAGUAGAGGAGAGAAAGCGAGGAGAAAAGCUGAGGAGAAGAGGCAGGCUCGGUUGGAAAGAGAACUUUUGGAAGAGGAAGAGAGGAAUCAAAAGGAGGAGGUCGCAAGGUUAGUGGAGGAGCGGCGGAGGCUGCGGGAAGAACAAACUGGGGCCACGAAAGAUCAAGGGGCCCAUGAUAAGGACAGAGAGAGUCGGAGGGAAACUAGAAGGAAGCAACGACAGGAGAGAAAGAAGGACAAGGAUAAAGGGUCUAGUAAGAGUAAUUCAGAUGUUGAGGAUCCUGAAAGGAAGGGUAGUAGUAGGGAGAGCGAAAGGAAGCGCGAGAUCGAGAGGCUGGCCACCCAGUGCUCAGAAAAGGGUAACGGUGUCAUAAAGGGUCCCACAAUGAAUGGUUUUAGUCGGGCAAGUGGCGGAAGUAGAUAUUUUGAUCACGUAAAGGGCUCAUUUUUGUCUUCAUCUAAGGCUUUCAAUGGGGCUGGUUUCUUUGGGCAUGGUGUCUAUAAUUCAGCUGCCUCUGGGAUGAAAGUGAAUAAGGCUCCUGCUUUUAGAGAUGUGUUGCCUUUUGGGAAUAGGAAAGAGGCGCAUUCCACUGAACAUAUAAUGGGGAAGUUUACUUCUAAUGGAGAUGAUAACAUCACAAAGACUGCUUGCAACCGUCCUGUGGGUUCUGAUCUGCAACCCCAGCCAACUGUCCUGAAAAAGUCAUGGCAACAAUUAUUUACUCGUUCUUCAGCAGUUUUCCCAUGCUCGGAUGUAAAUCCCGUGUCGCAACUGGAUCAAAAUCACCAACUGGAGUUUAGAAACUCACAUUUACCUGAUUGCGCACCGUCAACUUAUCAUCUAGAUAACCCAAUGCAAUUUGGGUUACCAUCACCGUUUGUUGUCUCUACUCCAUUGCCUAACAAUUCUAUGAGUAGUAGUUCAUUGUCUGCGGCUGAAUCCAUCUUUCGUCUUGUUGGAGAACAGCCUCGUGAUUUUCCAUCUGACGAGGCAGAACUUUUUGAAGACCCAUGUUAUGUUCCCGAUCCGCUGUCCUUGCUUGGCCCUGUUUCGGAGUCACUCAACAACUUCUCAUUGGACAUAGGAACAGGAUCCGUCACAAAUAUGGGAUUGGAAAGACCUCAUGUUCUCAAGAACGUGUCUGCUUCUGCAGAGGUUCACAGGCCUUCUCCAAUUGAGUCCCCUAUAUCAAGAUUGCGAGUUGCUGAAGAAAGGCAUGUAACUUCUGGCCGACUCCCAUGCACUCCAAAGUCACCGGAUCCAUAUACUUUGCCUCUGGCUGAAUUGAGCAAUGCACAUGAACAAGGCGCAUGGCAGAUGUGGGGCUCACCUCCACUUGGUCAGGAUGGACUUGGUUUACUAGGUGGGCCUGCCAGCUGGCUUUUACCACUAGGACAGAACAAAACUAACCAAGAAGAUGUGAUUCAUCCUUCUCAGAAUGAUUUAACUUUUGACAGUCAUUCAUCAGCUGGGCAUCCAUUAGAACUAUCUCCUGCCAAUUGUUGGACCAACAAGGAUUGGGUUGCGCAUGGUCAAGGGGGAAGUGUUGGAAAUUCAACCCUAUCAAGGCCUCACGCUGGAGGGCUAUUUUCCACCUCAGAUGUAGAAUCACUUUGGUCAUUUAGUUGAUAGGAGGGAUAGAGAGAAUGAAGCAUGGAUACACACGUUUGUGCAUCCAAUGGAUAACUGUCAGGAUGUUCACUGCUCAUGAAUGAUAUAUUUUUCAAAUUCAAAUAUAACCCAGGGGAUGAUAUCAGCACUUGGGGUGCGUUUGGAUGCAUUGUCCAAUCCAACCGCACACAUAUUUAGUGUAAUGAAGUGGAAAUUGCCAGAUUGAGAUUUC